AGGGUCCCAAGGAUGCCCCGAAUUACUACAUGGCAACUCAGGCCCCACUCGAGACAACAGUGGUCGAUUUCUGGCGCAUGAUUUGGGAACAACAAUCACGCGUAAUCAUACAAGCAACCGAUCUCUAUGAGAAUGGCAUUGAGAAGUGUGCCGAGUACCUGCCACCCUCGGUGACAUUGGACAAUCACACAACCUAUGGUGACUUCCAAAUAACAUUGAAGCAUCGUGAAGUCAAGGAUAAAUAUGCCAUUUCGACGUUGAUGCUCAAGAACACAGCCGAGAAUAUGAGUCGCGAACUCACACACUACUGGUAUAAAUGGCCCGAAACGGGUGUGCCCAGCGAAGAGGCGCCCAUAAUUGCAAUGCUAUUAGAGGCGCGCUCAUCUCUCAAAGGUUAUGUCAACGAAGUGCGCGAAAAGAGUUCGAAUGCGGAGCGCGAGUCAAAUGCUGACGGUGAA